ACCAUCUCCUGUAUCCAUUAGGAAUUUAAAUAGCCAUGCAUCCUUAUUACUCUUCUCUAGUCAUCUAGCUCCAUCUUUUAGGCCUUAGCUAAUAGAUAUGAAGCAAUCAAGGCUUACAACUUUCACAGCUAUAUCAGUUGCUUCUCUCCUCUGUGUGCUUCUCUUUCUUUUUCUCUUCCUUGCAAACUCGUUCGCCAUAUUUCUCACUGGAAGCCUCAUAAAUACACUUAUAUUCAUUGCAAUCCUCCUCCGCCUUCUCGUGAGGUAUGAAUUUUUCAGUGGCCCAGACAUUCUAGGUGUCAGAAGAACUCUUUUCAUGACCUUUGCAACCCCUUUAUCGGCAUUAGCUCUCCUUAUCGUCGUUACUGUGUUAUUUGUUCGUGUGAGGGCCACUCUCGAAGUAUUUUUUGUAAGCGCCGGUGCUGAUUUAGUACUCGUUCUUGGGGUUGGCUCAUCGGUUCUUGUGAAAAAAAUAACAGCCUGGGAUGGGGAAAGGGCGAGCAUCAGCCGGCGAGUGUUUUCAGAUGUAGAAGAAGGAAACCCAGAACUGGAGUUCAGCUAUCUUAGAAGGGUCGGGGGUUUGCCCAAGAAAUUCCAUUACGAAGAGCUCGAGGCAGCAACUAACAACUUCCGAACUCCGAUAGGAAGAGGCGGAUCUGGUUCAGUAUUCAAGGGUGUACUCGGCGAUGGGUUGCCUGUUGCCGUGAAGAGAAUCGAGGGAGAACUACGCGGAGAAAGAGAGUUUCUAUCAGAGAUCACCGCAAUCGUCAGUGCUCAACACGUCAAUCUUGUUACCAUCAUUGGAUACUGCGUUGUCCAAGGAGGUUAUCGCUUCAUCGUGUACGAGCUCAUACAGAACGGAUCCCUUGACCGUUGGAUUUUCCCGGGGAAGCGAGAAGGUGAAAGUUGUUUAUCAUGGGCUUCGAGAUACCAAGUUGCGAUAGACGUUGCCGACGCUCUGUCUUAUCUUCAUCACGGCUGUCGCUCAAGAAUUCUUCAUCUAGACGUAAAGCCACAGAACAUCCUUCUCGAUGAGAACUUCAGGGCACGCGUAUCGGAUUUUGGCAUCUCGAGAACGAUGGACAAAGAUGAGAGCCGGGUUGUUACUACUAUCAGAGGGACUAGGGGGUACUUAGCUCCCGAGUGGUUCUCGACAGAAGGUAUCUCAGAGAAGUCUGAUGUUUACAGCUUCGGAAUGGUAAUCUUGGAGAUUCUUGGAGGUCGAAGGAACUUUGAAUUUUUUGAUGAUGGGAACAUUUCCCAAAGGACGUGGUUCUAUUUCCCAAAGGUUGUGAGUGAGAAGAUGAGGGAGGGGGAGUUGAUGGGUGUGGUGGAUGAGAGAUUGAUGAGGGAUGGCGGAGUCGAUGAGGCUCAAGUUAGGAUUUUGGUUUAUGUGGCGAUCUGGUGCAUACAAGACAGGGCUGAGCUAAGGCCUAGUAUGGAGCUAGUCGUUAGCAUGCUCAAAGGACAUGUGCCCGUGGAUAUGCCACCAGAGACUAAAAUGUUCCUGGUUGAUUUGGGCAUGCCAAUUGAUUCAGAGACUGUUUCUGUUUUGAGCAGAGCUCAGAGUUCUGAUGAAAAUAAAUUUGAUUGAAUUACCUUGAGAAUUGAGAAGAUCAUUUAGUUGUUUGAGGAGUCAAACACAUGAAUACGUAGAUGCAUGAAUGUUGUUGGGAAAUUCAAGAGUUUUUUUUGUUAGGAAAUCUAUGAGUCAUUGUAGUAGUAUAUGUAUGUGUGGUUUGUAAGUUGAAAGUAGUCAAGAAAAGAAGAAAGAAUAAAAUUUAAUAGAAU